AUGAUGACUAUCUGUGGAGUGUAUUCGGUGUGCGCAUUAUUUUGCUUUUAAACAUAUAAAUAUUAAAAUAGAAGGUUUUAUAAUUUGCGAUUCUUUAUUAUAAUAUAAUUUCACAUUAAUAUUAAGAUGCAGCUUACAAACAUUGCGUUUUAUGCUAGUUUUUCUAUGUAAUGAAUGCAAUGCGCGCCCUUUCUUGUUAGAUUGUCUUCAAAAUGGCGUCAAGUGUCGAAUGUGUUUAUAGAUAGACGCGAUAGCAUGUGUGUUCAAAGUAGGCUAAAAAUAGAGGGCUUGCAUGAAGCUAGUUGCAUAAAUUGUGAUGAAAAAUGUCCAACACAGUGAUAACUAAUUAUACGGACCUAAAUGGACCAUCUACCAAAACCGAUAGUUCUGUGGUUGUUAUUGUAAACAAGGAUGGAUCCUUGUCAGUCGACCAGAAUUUACUGGGUACUCUCAUGGGUAGUGAUGGAUCUCAAGCUGCUGGUAUAAGUGUAGUACGCGUUGGCCAUGAAGGCCGGCCUGAUGAUGCUACUGACUCCGAAAACGAGGACGAUAAAGUUCCUCAUGUAACACUUUCGGUAGAUAGCUAUUAUAAUGAGCCAGACAGUAUUAUAAAGUAUGAUAGUGGAGCAGAAAUGUUACAAUCUUUAAGAAUAGAAACAAGAGAGAACAGUUUAGUUGGUUUUCAGAAUGACCAUUGCUACACACCAUUGACAUCUCCAAGUCAAGUUUUACCACAAAAAAGUGAACCAUUUGCCCCUUAUGAUGAUCCCGUUAUAGAGAUUACUCAUACUCCUCCACCCAAACCAGUUUCUACACCUAAAAAGAUAACAAUCUUGGAACAACAAAUAAUACCUAAAGGAAAAAAAAUUGUUUUAAAUUCAACAGAACCUUCAAUUAUUUUAAAAGGUAAUGAUCUUUUAACAAAACCUUUACCAGUUUUGACCAAGUCGAAACUUUUAAAUGAAGUGGCAAAAUGCUCUGAACCAGACUCAAAAGGUGAGGAAAAUACGGAAUCAUCAUCGGCUAGCUCUUCUGGUGAUAGUAUACAAGACAGAGAUUCAGAUUCUGAUUAUAAAGAUACAAAAGAUAAAUCAGGUCCACAAAAAUUAAGAAGGCUGAAAGCAAAACCAAGAAUUUUAAAAAGUGUUCAAAUGGGUCGGGCUGCUAAAGCAGAUCCCAAAGUAGCAUCAAAACUAAAAAUUAAUAAAAAUGUUAUAAAAAGAAAUAUUAAAGAAAAACUAUUGAAUAAGAAUCCUUCGCUAGAAAAAAAGGAGAUCGAUUUAGACAGUUUAAUUCCUGCUACAAAGGUGCAAGUGUGUACUGCUGCUGCUGAGCAAAGUAAAUUGGUGCCUAAACCAACUUUGAGUAAAGUUGUUAAAAAAGAAAAGAAAACACCAGCCCAUAUGACUGCUUUAUUAUCAGAUAUGACUUCAUUAUUUUCUACACCUGAUGUUAUUAGACGAGUGUCAACUGAGAAUAAAUUGCCAACUAAAAGUGAGAAAGAAACUAUAGUGAUAAAUAAAAAACCCAGUGAGCUUACAAAACCACUUGAAUCAAGUGAUAUGAAAUCUAUUAUUCAGCCUGUGUCUAUUUCAAAGCCUGAUAAUACAGAAGAUAUAAAAUCAUUAGUACCACAAAAAACAUAUGUGAAGACAACAAAGGCAAUAACAAACAUGGCAGAAAAAAGCACCAAAGGCUAUGAUCCCAUGCCUCAACUAGAUGAUGCAAGUUUAGCUCAAAUAUUGCAAGACACAACUUCACAGUCAAUGAAAGUGCAACCUAGUAUUGUAGCUAAUGUUAUAAACAGUCCUGGUUUGGCUGGACCACUCUCUCCGACCCUAGAUUUAUUAGGUGGACUCCAACCAGAAGAAGAUGGAUUGACUGAGGACUUGUUAAUGCAUGUUGCUCAGUUGGUUGAAAGUUCAGAAAAUUUACAAGAAGUUAUAGAUAAACAAGUAUUGGGUAAAGUUGAUCCUGCUCCUGUUAAAACUCCAGUUACAUUGCCUUUUCAACAUACUCCAACAACUAGUAAUCUGUAUGCAUCACCUCCUCUGCUAAAGUCUACAGUAAAAACCGCUGUGCCUCGUAAAGAUCCAAUAGAGAUAGUAAGACGUGAUGGUCGUGUUAUCACAUUGCCACCCAUUGAAGCACCAGCAACUCGGUCAUCUAAACGAAAGAACCAAGUUGAAUCAACAAGUGUAUUGGAUAGUUCAGUAAUAGGAGUUCCUGCACAAAUUCAACCUAAUGUUAUAGUUACUCCGGAACCUACAGUACAGCAUGUUUCAAAGCAAUAUACAAAUAAAAAACUCACUAAUAGAAGACAACUAGAACAAGCACCCCAAGUGACAACAAUUGAAAAGAUCUCUGUGGAAUCUCAAGAAAGCUGGAAUUCAGAAGAUGAUCCCAACAGAUUAUGGUGUAUCUGUAAGCAACCACACAACAACAGAUUCAUGAUUUGUUGUGAUGGAUGUGAAGACUGGUUCCAUGGAAAGUGCGUCAACAUCACAAAAGCUAUGGGUCAACAAAUGGAAGAACAAGGGAUUGAAUGGAGAUGUCCGAAUUGUGUUAAAAAUAGUAAAACUUCUGUUAAGAAUGCUGCCAAGGUACCUACAACACCAAAGGAAACUACUGGAGUAAGUACCCCACAGCCUGCUAUCACCAAAGAAUUAGCCUCAAAAACGACUUGUAUAGUUUGCAAGAAACCUGCACGAGCCAGUAGUAUUUAUUGCAGUGAUGCAUGUAUACUUAAACACGCCCAAGACUCAUUAGGGAGUCAAACAUCCACUUCUAAAAUUGAAAACACUAGUGGCAAAGCACCUGAAAAACCCAACUCAGAAUCUAGGGUAAUUGUUUAUGAAAGAAAAUCUGGAAGACUUCUGGCAGGGCCAAACGCUCCUACUGCAGAAAAUUUAAAAACAUGGCUCCAGAAGAACCCAACAUUCGAAGUGGUCAGGCCAGGGACAUUGAGUGCUAUUAAACCUAAUAUUCCAAAAAAGAAAUCCAUAAAUGAGCCUAAUAAAAUUCAAACUACUCUAAAUUUUGCUAGAAUUCCUAAAAAAACAGUAGAACAACCCACACAACCUAAAACUCCACAGUCUGAGCCUAAGGAAAAAAUAUUGAAGGUUCUUGUUUCACCUAAAGAAGAGGUUAAAGUCCCACCUCAACCUAAAACACUAGUUACACCUAAGUCCCAACUACAUCAAAUAUUUGAAACACCAAAAUCCACUAAAGUUUUGAGUGAAUCUAAGAAGCCUGUUCGUGCAACUACAAGUAGAUCUCAGUCUUUAAUUGAUAAGCCUCAGGCAGUUUCGCCAUCAACAUCGCGACGGAAAGACACUCCAGACAAAAGGUCAAGAAUGAGCACGGAAGAUCCUAUCAGGGACAAUGUACGAAAAGCUUUACAAGAACAAAUAUCCAAUCGUAUGGCAGAAAGUGAUGGGCCUAAGUUUACAGAAGAAGAAAUACAACAAUUUGCAAAUGAUACAGAGCUAGAAUUACAUGAACUUUUCAAUCGUGAUGUAGGAAUGAAAUAUAAAGCUAAAUACAGAUCACUUAUGUUUAACAUAAAGGAUCGUAAAAAUCUAUCUCUUUGGGAGAAGAUAUGUGAACACGUUAUUACACCUAAACAACUGGUAAGACUUUCACCAGAAGAAUUAGCAAGUCAGGAAUUAGCACAAUGGAGGGACAAAGAAGCCAAGCACCAAUUAGAAUUAAUUAAGAAAUCUGAAAUUGAUCUUCUAGCUGCAAGCAAAACAUAUGUUUUAAAAACACAUAAAGGAGAAGAGGUAAUGGAAACAAAGGAAUCUGUAUCAACAGAAUUGGAUCCAAAUGUGGCUGUGGAGGAUAUAGUAACAGUACUAAACGAUUCUGUUAGCGAUAGUGUACCAAAUGCUGAACCUCAAGAACAAACAAAGAAACAAGAUUCGCACAAAAAACAUAGUGGUAAUAAAAAGAAGGAUAAGGAAAAAGGCAACAGUUCAAGAAAAAAAGAUAAAGAAUCCAAACGAGACACAGAAAAAAGGAGUUCACGUUCUUCAAAACGAAAGUCAGAUAUUAAGGAAAGAGAACAUAGAUCAUCUCGGCGAUCCAUUAAGAGAUCAAGAUCAAGGUCAAAGUCAAAAGAAAGAUCAAAAACAGAUUAUUUUAAGGAAAAACCAGAUACACGAGACCGUUCAAGACACAGAUCACGGUCGAAAUUAAAAUCAAAAAGGCAAUCAAUAGAACAUUCCAGAUCUAAUUCACGAGGCCGUGAAAGGUCACGUUCGUUGCGACGUUCUUCGCGACGAUCUCAUUCCAGAGACGGUGCAAGGAGAAGAGAUUCGAAAGAAGCUCGUUCGCGUUCAACGCGGCGUAGUACAGAUGAAAAGUUCAAAAAUCGGUCCAGGUCGCAGGAGAUUUCCAAUAAGAGCAAAAAUGACUCAACUGAUUCUGAUUCUUUUGAAAGACCGAAGUCUGCUAUGAUGAAAGAAGUACAUCCUGAGUAUGAUCCUCAUGAACCUAUGAUAACUUCAGCAUUUUCAGAAGAGGAUUUGAGGAAAUCAAGAGAAGAUGUCUAUGAGGAUACUUAUAAAAAUGAUAUCUCUGAAUAUGGAAAUGUAGAAUAUGAUCCUUCAAAGACAUUCUCCAUUGAUGCUAAUGUUACUUUGUCUCCGCCUAAAUAUACUGAAAAACAAGACAAAUCUGAAGCUGAAAGCGAUCAAGAACCCAGUAGUACCGUUGAACAUUCAGCACCAACCGUUUGGAAUGGCUGUAUUAAUAUGGUGGAUGUAGCUCGCUUCUAUGUAGCGGCACAUGAGGUUUCUGGCAAUGCUGUAGACUUGGAGGAAGAUCUUGCACCUGAAUUAGAUAUAGUGGGCAGAAUAAACCCAGAUACAGUUUGGGAUUACAUUAGCAAGAUGAAGCGUGCUAGUAAUAAGGAUAUCGUUAUUUUAAAGCUCCAAGCUGCAAAUGACGAAGAGAAGAUGCAGUAUAUUGCAUUGUAUAGCUAUCUAAGUAGUCGCAAUAGAUUGGGUGUAGUAAAAGUAACUAACACAGCAACUGUGAAAGAUUUUUACAUAGUACCAAUACCGGCAAAUACAUCCUUGCCUCCGGUUCUAUUACCGCUGGAUGGACCAGGUCUUGGUGAAGUGAAGACGCAUCUUCUUAUAGCCAUCAUAAUAAGACAAAGGAAAAAACGUCAAGCACCACAUAUUCCCAAAGAUAUAAUACCAGCGAAGGUGGCGCGCGUGUCUCGUAAGAAGUCGUACACGCCACCACUGUCGCCGCGGCGUCGCGCGCUACCAAUGCCGACCUUCACCUCCACUGCUCUCUCCAACUCCGUCAAGGACAAAAUUGCAGCCUCGCUUGCGUGUGCAGACGACGACGAAGCUUACAGUCCGGGUUCAUCGUCGGGCAGUAAUAGUACAUCAGCGCCAUCACUUCCGCCUAACUCAAACACUUUAAGAAGUAAAGUGGAAGAACUCAACCGACAAAUUGAAGAACAAAAGCAACAAAUCCUUAAGAUGACCCAGGCGGACUCUUCGGUGUCCGAGGAGAAUGAGGCGUAUUCGCCGUCCAGACCCUUGACACCACCUACACCAGUUGUUCCACUGGAUGAAAUAGCUUUACCGUCAAAUCUUCAAGAGAUUCUUGCCACAAUAAAGCAACGAUCUGAAAAUACAACCGCGGACGUUGACAUGCGUACAUUACCUUUGCCUUAAUUUUUCUAUUUAAUAUAGACAUUUAUACUUUAUAUUUAAUUAUAAUUCACUUUAUGCAGUGCAGUAUAGGAUUACGUUUUUAGAAUUUAAUAUGUAGAAAACAAUGCAAUUGCAAUUCACAAUUUAGAUAUUUGUUAAUUUAGUAAAUCUACAGUAAUGGUAGAAUUAAAGUCCUUUGGAAUAUGCAAAGCAUAUUAUUAUAGUGUGAAUUCUGUGUGUUGCAAUAAUGAAGAGUUCAUGACAAUAAUAAUACAGCAUGAUAAUAUGAAACUUCCGAAAUUGUUAAACAUUUAUGCGUCUCAUAUACAUAGUGUUCUUAUGGUUUAAUUAUGUUUUGUAUAUUGUACAAAAUUAGAUUUGUUUAUACUUAAGAAAAUGAAUUAUAGAAAUCCUUUAUCAUAAAGUAAUAUACAUUUUUAAGACUUAAGAAGAAAUGAAAAUAUGAAAUAAAGAAUAAAAAUGCA